AUGGAGCCCCAGUUUGACCAGUUCCUGCAGUUUCACCCCAUCCAUGGGACGAACGUCCAGCUGGACCUCACGGGAACGCAGGCGACCCGAGUGGAAAGCUUCGCCAACGGCGUUUGUUUCAGCAGAACCCCCUUAAAACCCGGCGAGAUCUUUCUCAUCGAGAUAGAGGAGAAGGAGCUGGGCUGGUGUGGCCACCUUCGGGUCGGACUGACCGCCAGGGACCCUGCAAGCUUCCAGGAGGUCCCCGAGUACUCCAUCCCAGAUCUGACCGACCAGGGGGACAGCUGGGUGUUUGCGAUCACUCGCAACCACAACAAAGUCGUGGAGGAGGGUGAGGGCCCAGAAAACGAAGAUGGAGGUCACAGGUUGGGGCGCGGGGAAGCUGAAGUUCAAAGAGACGGAGAUGGCCACGACUCGAAGACGAAAAGCUUCUUCACGGAUACUCACCUCUACAUCGAGAAUGUUUGCCUCCCCAAAGACAAGCUGGUUGGUCGCAGUCGUCCCGGACGCUUCAGCCACAUCCUGGACGAUCUGUACAAGACCAACACUCUGCCCCCCACAGCCAGGCGCAGCAGAAUCGGAGUCCUGUGGGUCCCGAGGACCCGGGGUCAGGCUGACAUGCACAUCGUAAUCAACGGCGAGGACAUGGGAGCCUCCGCCAAGGGGAUCCCAACCACCAACCCGUUGUACGCCGUGGUGGACGUCUUUGCUGCCACCAAGUGUGUCCGCAUCGUUCAAGUGGAGUACGGCUUUUCAUCAUUGCAAACACUGUGCAGGAAGGCCAUCCAGAAGAACAUCGUCCACAGGAUGGCGAUCGACUGGCUGGAGCUGCCUGAGGCGCUAAAGCAUAUCUGCAAAUAUGAAUGA